AUGAGUCUCUGCGCCAACAUCAAGUUCCACGGCUACUUGAUCGUCGUGUUCUCCACGCUGCUCACCACGACGAUCCUUGUUAGUUCGGCCAUUUUGAAGCUCGUUUAUCAUAGUAACCGGGAUAAUGGCAGUGUACCGGAGGACUUGCAGGAUUUGAUGGAUUAUGGGUGGCUCGACUUUACCGGAGACAGCGUGCAGCUCGUCUCGAUCGGUGUCCUCUUCUAUGGCAUUCGGAAGGAGAAUCGCUUCUGUCUCAUCCCGUUUCUGCUGUCGAUCGUGUUCGAUUGGGUGGCGUAUGUGGUGGCCCACACACGUGAUCACACCACACUGCCGUAUCAGGUCUGGCUCGUUACCACCGUCCUGUUUUUCUACGUGUUCGUCACACUUAUCGGGCUGUACAAGCUGUUCCAAAUCAAGGCAAAGGCAGGAUCGGUCAACGGAACGGAGGAGGAAUUCAGCAAAACCUUCUGCCUCUAGGUGCGCC